UCAUCGAUCUGCAUCGCCCGUUGCUCGUUUUAAACAUGCCUCUGCUUUCCACAGGCAUCUGUUGCCGUUUACUUCCACUCUGAAAAUCCACACGCAAAUACACAACCAGCACACCCAUUACAAUGCCCACGCGAACCCCCAACAAACCGGAAGCCCACCCGGCAAGUAAACCCAACCCCAUCCGCAACCUUUCCGAGUUCGCCGUAGCCGACACUCCCGGCACGUCCGGGCCAGAGUACGCCGCAGCAGGAGACUACCUCCAAGCCCGAUUCGCGCCCAUGAGCCCUCCUUCCCAACAACAACAAUCUGCCCAGAACCAGAACCAGACGAACCAGACCCAACACUGCAGCGCCUCGGCAGAAGAACAAGAAGGCGGAGGGAUGCCGACGGCGCUAGAGCGCGGCGUCCGCGGCGGGUCCGGCCCGGUAGACGACACGGAGCGGCGCGCGACGCGGUACGUGAGCGUCGGGCAGCAAGACGUGGACGGCGAUGGCGAGACCAUCCCGAAGCAAAACGAAAACGUGGAUGCCGACGGCAGGAUGGGCGAUGUACCGUACGCCGAGGGCAAGGUCGCAAAUGCGGUUGAGCAGAAACAUGGGACGCAGCGUGUGUCCGGGUCGUCGUCGUCGCCGGGGUUUCUUCACGGCGGGCCGGAAUUUCAGCGGUUGCAUGGGCGCGGGAGGGGGGAGGUCAGCCUUGAUGCCGGGGAGGCGGAUUUGGAGAGGUGAGUUUCGUCCUGAGAUGAAGUGAGGAUGGAAGGAAGGAAGGAAGGAAAGUAGAGGAGAGAGUGUGUGACUUGCUGACAUGACUUGGGUGGUGGAACAGAAAGAAGCAGCAGCAGGCGGCUGCGAGGAAGCAGGUUAUGGAUGCGAGGAGGGGGGGAGAGGAUGUGGAUGGACGGGGGACCGCUGGGCCGAGCGGGCGGCAGCCAACGCCAGAGGUCUGAUUUGAGUUCUCUUGCAUACCGAGAAGGGACCAAAAAUGGGGUUGUGACAGUUGGAUCGUCUCCUGGUUGCUGAAGGACGAUCGGCUCCGAGGUACGCCAGAGCUAGAUGGAAUGGUGGUAUUAGGGGCUUGAGUAAUGAUGUUGUAUCUAAGGAAACGUAAGGGGUAUCCUGACGCCUGCUCCCACCUCAAUGCAACCUGCAUGCCUGUCCCUA